UAAUGAUGAUGAAGCAAGGAAAUACACAUCUAAUUCAAGAAUGAUAGAGAUUCAAAUGACCAUGUCUGAGAGAGCAAUAGAACUCCUGUCUCUUCCCGAAGACACUCCUUCCUUCAUUUUGGAUAUUGGUUGUGGUUCUGGUUUGAGUGGGGAAGCUCUGACAGAGCAAGGUCAUCACUGGGUAGGAAUGGAUAUCAGUUCAAGCAUGUUAGAUAUAGCUAUAGAGAGAGAAGUCGAUGGUGAUGUUUGUCUGGCAGAUAUGGGUCAAGGCAUCUUCUUCAAACCAGGGACAUUUGAUGGUGCAAUUAGUAUAUCAGCUCUUCAGUGGCUUUGCAAUGCGGACAAAAAGUCACAUCACCCUCCGAAAAGGUUAUACAAAUUCUUCUCGACCCUCUAUGGAGCUCUGAGGAGAGGUAGUAAAGCAGUCUUCCAAUUUUAUCCAGAGAACCCCAGUCAGCUGGAGUUGAUCACAUCACAGGCAAUGAGGGCAGGCUUCACAGGAGGACUGGUGGUAGAUUUUCCCAACAGCACAAGAGCAAAAAAGAUGUUCUUAUGUUUAUUUGCUGGAGUUAGUAAUCCAACGCUGCCCAAGGCUCUUGGUACAGGUAACGACAGAGGUGUCCCUACCCAGGCAUCCUUCACAGAUUCUCGUAUGCGGUAUAGAAACAUGAAGGGAAAGAGUGUAAAGAAGAGUAGAGAAUGGAUCAAGGAGAAGAAAGAACGAAGGAGGCGACAAGGAAAAGGAGAGGUGAGGCCAGACUCCAAGUAUACAGGAAGGAAACGAUCAGGAAAAGCCUUCUGAGAUUGCCAAUUUGAGGACUUACUCCCGAGUUUGCCACUUUGAGGAAUGAUCUCUUUCACAGCUGCAUUCAGAAAUAGCAUGCUUACAGACAGUGCUUUUUAUCAUGAUGAGAGUUCAAGGAUGAACUGAUGGAAUAUUUUAAAGUGGAGAAAUUUUGCGGAUAUUCUCCGGAGGCAUUUGCUUACGUUUAUCAAGGACUCUUUCAUCAGUGUGUACAGGAAUACCAUUCUUGCAGAUGAUGCUAUUCUUCUAGAUCUUGAUAUGGAGGAACUAUUAAGGGGAGAUGUUUUGUGGAUGUUCUCCAGAAAUACUGUCUCAAGUUAAUCCAGGAAUUCUCUCUUUAAACUGCAUACAGAAACUGCACCUUUAUAGAAAAUGUUUAAUCAGAGAUCAAGGUAUUGGUGAGCUGAAGGGGAGAUAUUCUGUGGAUAUGCUUCAGCGAUGCAUUUCCAUUAGUCCUGAAGUCUAUUUGGUUUUGAAAAAAGUAGGCAACUUUUAUGAGAGAAACAUAUCAAUGAAGGGUUGAUGAAAACUCUUCACAAGAUUAACAGAGAACUUGAUGGAUUUUCAAAGCUUUGAUUUGUGAUAAUACCUGCAAGUCGCACCCCAAUAUGUAAUGCGCUAUUAAAUUGUACACAGAUCUUGUAUGAUAUCAUGUUUUAAUGCACUUGCAAAGGACUUGGACAUUAUUAUCUCUGCUUUAGCCUUGCGGCCUUUUACAGCACACAAGCAUUUCAAGAAGUAAAUAAUAUAAUAUUGAAUAUAUGAUAAGAUCAUUCAUAUAUCAUCAGCCACAUUUCCUACAUGCUUUUAUGAGUGAAAAAAUAUACUUUUAAACCCUGUGAAAAAUUAUAAUUUAGGAAUUAAUGGAAUUUUUAUUACAUGACAUAUGGGGCUGCUACUUGCAUGUGUUUCAUGUACAAGGGAUCCCUUUUGAUACAAGAUUCAUAUGGUCACCAAUAGAAAAGAUGGAAUUGUCAAUUCACAACCUCAAGGCCAUGGCCCAUUGCAAGAAGAAUUGCAACUCAAGAAAUCAACUACGAGUACUUAAUUAUCAACCAAUCAGAAGUAUGUAUUUGGAACUUGCACUUGAUGUUUUUGCAAUAGACCACUGAUCUUUUGUGUUAACAAUGAUGGAUGAGAAUAUUUAUCUUUGAUGCAUGCCAAUAAAUGUAUGUUUAUGAUUUUAAUACUUAUAUAUAUUUAUUAACUAGAGCACAUAAAAUAAUCGAACAUGAAGUAUAUAUUUUACUGAGCUCAUGGGGAAUUAAUGUUCUUCAAAUUCAAGCCUCUCUUAGUUUUAGUACCCCCCUCCCUGCCCCCCCCCACCUGCUAAAAAUGGUGCUGGUUAUUAUUCCAGUUUAUUACUACAUUAUAUCAAUGUGUAUGCUAAAAAUCGUUUUGAUGUGGAAACUGGAUAACAUGAAGGAAAAAAAAACAUGUUUUAGCAGAUGUAUUUUGCAAUUUUACAUUUUUUAAACUGUAUUAUUGCUUUUUAGUAUAAUACCAUUUCUC